AUGUCACUGCGGAACCGACGUUCGGCAAGGGGGGUCUACCUCAUGAUGAUCAAUGGAGGCACCAUUGAGCGAUCCCGAGAAAACAUAUGGCGAUCGGACUGGUGCCUCGUAGUCAUGAAUCGCUUUACGGAGGGCGAGAUUGCCGAUGGAGGGCCGGUGCGGCGCAACGUGCAGGUCCUCUUCACCCACAUCCCCCGGGGCGAGGACAGAUACGUCAUGUUCAACAAAACACAACGGCGCGUGCGCGUCAACAUUAGGAACAUGUUGCUGGUGAGCCCGAUCUGGAACGACGACCCGGACAGGAUGGGCGAGCUCGCCAGGGCCGUCCCGCCGUGCCAGGAGCAGAAGUGGGUUGUCUGCGUGCUGGCGGCCUGGGAGGACAACAGCCUCACUGCCCUCGGCGAGGCAGCGCGGUUUGCCCGCGACGUGGUUCUGACGCGACGGCAAAAGGAAUACGAGGCGCGCUAUCCCGCGCCUUUCCCCCGUAAUAUCAGGCUGCCAUCUACCUGGCCGGUUCCCACUCCUGGGAACCUCAAUCGCACCAUCAGCAGCCAGUAG